ACAUGAAAAUAUGAUAAUGGUUGACAGAACACCGGGGAAGUGACAGUUCUUCGUAAACAAAAAAGGGGUGGCCAUAACUACAAUUUGAGAUAUCCAGGCGUUUGGACUAAAGUGGUGUAUUUUUAGAAGCAAAAUGCCUCCUCCUGAUAUUACCAUAAACGAGGGCGACGUGGUCAAACUAGUUGCCGAAUUUUUAGAAAAUCGCGAGCUAAACAUUGCCAUGCUUUCGCUUGAGAGAGAGACAGGUCUUAUCAAUGGCAUGUAUUCUGACGAUCUUCUGUUUCUACGACAACUUAUUCUCGAUGGUCAGUGGGAUGACGUAAUUGACUUUGUCCAGCCGCUUAAUUCCGCUGAUGGGUUCAAUGGUAAACAAUUUCAUUACUACAUAAUGAAGCACAAAUACUUGGAACUAUUGUGCAUAAAAUCUGACCCAACAGCCAUGCAGAAUUAUGAAUUUACAGUUGAAGAGGUUGUGAAAUGUUUAAAUUCUCUUGAAAAACUAUGUCCAACCAAAGAGGAAUACAACAAUAUGUGUAUGCUAUUGACAUUACCAAAAUUAUCGGAUCACAUUGAUUACCAAAAUUGGAAUCCAAGCAAUGCACGAGUCACUUGUUUUAAAGACACCCUGCCUCUUGUGCAUAAAUUCCUUCCAUUUGAAAGGAAAGAGGAUAAGAAGUCAUGUGUCGCAGAAAAUGACCGCCUUCUACAGCUUGUUUUGAAAGGCCUGCUGUACGAAUCAUGUGUGGAGUACUGCCAACAGCGAGCAACAAGUAAUGGUGAUAACAGCUAUUUAGAUAUGGCAUAUUCCACUGUCUUACAGAACACAGGGUUUAAUGAUGCAGAUUUGAGUUUACUCUCAUGGCUACAACACAUCCCUGAUGGUACAUUUUCUUGUCCAUUUGAGCAGAAGAACCUGAAUUUUGAUGUACGUCCUCUUGUUAAACCUUCACUGGAAGCAUCAUGGUCUGAGCAAAUUCUAGUCACACCGAUCAAGCCUAAAAUGUUUCCCCACUCAGCGGUGCCAAACAGCAGACCCCGUUCAGCUGAUCAUAUGACAAGGUCUCUUAAUCCCCAGUUUGAUGGGCUGUCGAGUGGAUUGGCUCAAGUGAGAGGUGGAUUGAUGACCCAAUCAAUGGACCUGAGCAAACAUCCCUUGUCUCAGUCAGUGGCACCUGGACCAAGGCUAGACAUGUCCAUGAAAAAUCCAAUGCAGGUUUCUAUAGACAAACUGUUUUCGCAAGGAGAGUGUGUACAAACUCAUAGUUCUAUUGUUGAGGACACGAGAAAGUCACCCGGUGGACCAAUGCUGCACAGAUCACCUCCUGUUUCUCAGACAACGAUAAAGCCAGGACCCCUUCCUCAGCACACACAGACAAAAUCUCCACUCAGAAGUGCCACACCCCCUCAGCGUCGGACAAGCUUGACAGGUGAAACUGCCCAAAGGGUCGUUUCGCCAGCACAAUCCCAGACUGAUCCCAAUGAGAGACGUGACUCUCCAGAGCCAGGAAGUGUGAGAGACUCGAGCUCAGAACUGUUUAAAGAAUAUCAGAGACAGAAGAGCAGGUUACAGGACCAGCUUGCAUUGCAGGAGAGACAACGAGAAAUGUACCAAAUGGAGUUGAAAGAGAUUGAACAAAAACAGCAGAUUAUGUCACAGGUUGAAGGAACCGAGGAAAAACAAGAUUAUGCGGAUAGCAAAUUUCCGUCAUCUUCCUCAUGUAGCACGCCCUUGUUAGACAAUGUUGAGGGCAGUGAUCAUAGCAUACAUACACCAAAGUUUACACCCAUAGCAAACAAUGAACAUGUCACUAGAAAGGAUGCCGACAGUCCUAUGAAUAACCCAUAUACAGAUACACCUGACUUCACACCUUUUCAAAACAAUGAGAAGUCCAUGAUUCCCAUUGAUCAAUUGCCUAUGACUACACCUGAACUAGAGAUGUUGAGUAGAUUUGGUAAAGAAAAGAAAGGAAAUGAACGUGAUGAAGUGCCCAUCCUUGCCAUGAAUGCUAUUCAUAUGAAUGAUCCGGAGAUUGGACUGGAACCCAUGGACGAAGACCCCAGCCAAAAUACAAAGUCUAGCUCCACAGCAUCAGUUCCCCAACAGCAUAACAGCAGGUUGAACGGGAAUAACCGACCAGUGGGUCCAGUUCAGUCAAACGAGUGGCCUGACUUGCAAACCAUUAAAGAUGGAUCCUAUGUGUCAAGAGGGGAAGUCUCAAAGGUGUCACAAGUCAAAGGUCAGCAGUCAUCCUUAAAGGUCACGUCCCAAGGUAACACCCCAAACAGUCCUCCUAAUGUCAAGGGAGAAAAUGUCUACCCACGUUCAGGAUCAACAGUAAACGCGACCAGACAGCAAACAGCUGGUAAUGACAUACAACAUGUUCCCAGUUGUCCUCACAGUCCAGCGAAUAACUAUAGGACAUUACCCAAUAUGGGUAAACAGAAGGCUGGACAACCCAGAGAUGGGACCCUAACCCAAAAAACUGACCACCCAAAAUCUCCCGGCUCUUACUCACCAGGUUCCUGCAUCACUCUACCAAGGCGAUCUAAACCUACAUGUAAAUCUCAGACUAAGGAGCUGUCUCAUGCCCGUUCUGGGCCACCAGGGGGCGCCGUUACUUGUAAGACAAAACACGCUGGCGGUAAAACGGCACCCCAAUCCAGUCCCCGGCCAUCCCCUAAGGGGCCAGUUCCCAGGCCAACUAGUCUGACCACAGGUAGUCAAGGGAAGUGCCGAAACCCUAAAUCCCCUAUCAUGUCAUCUAAAGAUGCCAAGCAAGAAGCCAAUUACCAGGAGACGAGCCACGUCAGUACAGGCAGUCUACACCGCUCUCACCUGGACGCUAGUCCUGGCAUGGCCUCACCUAAACCCACUUCAGUCAUGAAUCGCCCCAAGUUUGUGGCAGUGACGUCAAUGGAAGAUGCACAAGCUAUCAGGACCGUUGCCUUCCAUCCGUCAGGCGAGCUGUUCGCCGUGGGGUCCAACUCCAAGGUGUUACGCGUCUGUGCAUUUCCCGAAUUGUCUAGUCUCAGAGAGGACCACGUUACCGAGAGGACGGACGUUGUUUACAAAAAGAACAAACAUCACAAGGGAUCCAUUUACUGCAUAGCCUGGAGCCCCAUGGGAGACCUCAUCGCCACAGGCUCCAACGACAAGACCAUAAAGAUGAUACGCUACAAUGCGCAGGAACACACUGAUGUUGGCCCGGAGAUGGAGUUGACAAUCCAUGAUGGUACAAUUCGGGACCUGACCUUCAUGCAGGACAGCAUAAACAGGACGUCUCUGCUGAUCAGUGGUGGGGCGGGCGACAACAAAAUCUACGUGACUGACUGUGAGACUGGCAUGCCAGUGCGAGCUAUGGCUGGACACUCGGGUCAUGUGUACUCAUUACACACUUGGGGUGGCUGCAUGUUUGUAAGUGGAUCACAAGACAAAACGGCACGGUUCUGGGACAUGAGAGCUUCAACUGCCAUCACGGUGGUACCCAGUGCUACAGGCAGUGCGUUUGCUUCCGUAUGUGUGGACCCUUCGGGGCGCCUUUUAGCGUCGGGACACGAGGACAGUAGUGUGAUGCUGUACGACAUCCGAGGCUCGCGUGGAAUUCAGAGCUUCAAGCCUCACAAGGGAGAAUGUCGAUCAGCUCGCUUCUCAAUGAACGCUUACUACCUUCUGUCCUCAUCCUAUGACCAGAAAAUAGUGCUUACAGACCUGCACGGUGACCUUGGACGUUCCCUACCCAGUGUGGUUGUGGCUGAACAUGAGGACAAAGCACUCCAGUGUCGCUGGCACCCGUCACAUCUUGCCUUUGUCAGUACCAGUGCUGACAGGACGGUCACAACCUGGGGCUUACCUGUCUCUAUGUAGAGGUCAAGGGUCAAUCUAAUUGAUGCAUGACAACGUUUGAUCUACUACGCCAGUAUCUAAUAUGGACAAAAUUUCAUGUGUGCUUGAAAAUAUUUGAAGGAAAAGAGGCAACUGAGUUUUGUUUUUGGAAAGGUUGACAGGAAUUUGAAGCCAAGGACUAAGCCAGAUCAUACGUAGCUUCUGAGUACAUCUAUGUACACAUAACUAUUACAUGAUCACAUUAUGUGCUAGUCAUUAUCAUUUCACUUGUCUCAAGAGUUGUAAAGCAAUGUUUUUGUAUCUGGUAAAGCAUGCCAAAUAAAGGUUCAUGCUUCUGUUACAAAGACAUUACAUUAAUUAAGGUAAGCAUCAGUAUUGAUAAAAAUACUAAUGAAAUAAGAAUGGUCAUGGUAUAUCUACUGUAAUGCCUAGUUCAUCCAGCCACUACUGAUCAGAGUGUCUCAGCAUCAAGCCACCACUGAUCAGGGUGUCUCACCAUCCAGCCACCACUGAUCAGGGUGUCUCACCAUCCAGUCACCACUUAUCAGGGUGUCUCACCAUCCAGCAACCACUGAUCAUGGUGUCUCACCAUCCAGCCACCACUGAUCAGGGGGUCUCACCAUCCAGCCACCACUGAUCAGG